AAAGCUAAACCUUAUCUAUCACCUACCAAAAUUCUCUACCUAACUAUGAAAGAUUAUAUCUAAGUAUCCGAUCCCACCAAUCUAAUCUCCAAAAAAAGACGCCCCAAAAAGGAACAAGAAGGUUUCUUUUUUAAAAAUGAGAGCUAUUCAAACUCAAGUGAUAACCUUCUGCAUGUUAGUCAUCAUCGUAACAUCAUCAACAAGAGCCCAAAAGAGUCAUCAUGUGCCAAACAACCAUGAACUUUCUGUCGCCAUCGAAGAAAUGGAGAAAGCAAAUUACUUCUCUUUUGUGAUGCUUAUCAACAUGUUACCAUCCGUAAAUCCUCGAUUCUUAGCCAAUGUCACAUUCUUGAUGCCAAAGGACAAAACCCUUUCUAGAUCAAACAUUAUUAAUCAACAGGAUUCGGUUUCUGAGUUCUUGCUUCGCCACUCAAUCCCUUCCUCUCUUCUUUUCGAGCAUCUCAAUCUCAUCCCCAAUGGCUCCAUUGUUCCUUCCUCUUUACCACAUUACACCCUCGAGAUCUCCAAUGGUGGAAGAUCAAACUACUUUCUCAAUAAUGUCAAGAUUAUAAGCCGCAACAUUUGUAGCUUAGGCUCUAUCAAAUGUCAUGGAAUUGACGGUAUCCUACAAUCUCCAAGUACUAUCGACGAUGAUUCUCCUCAUAAUAAUCACACUUUACCCUUCAUUUCUUGCCCUAGCAGUCACAACAAUAGUGACCAAAGUAGUCAUAACAAUAGUUCUCUUCCUACUCAUACUCUUACCGCUCCUCCACCAGCCAGCAGUCCCCUGCCAAAAUCAGAUUCUCCAAGCAUCCAUGAGGUGGAAAUGUUAAAUUCGAUCGUUAUUCCUUUGCUUGGAUUAUUAGCGGGUUUGAUCUGCAUGUGAAGUAUACUACUGCAUGCAAAUACCACCACUUAAUUAGUUGUGUGUAAUAGUACUCUCUUGUUAUAGUUUAUAUCUACACAUGUAAAAGAAAAAAACGAUGAACGUUAUAAAUGUAACAAUCAAUUCAAUUUGAGUUUUAAUUUUAAAAUUUCCUUUAUAAUA